AUGAAAAACUCCUCCUCUUCCACUCUUAGACAUUCAGCCGUUGCAAAAAAGGCCAAUGUUCCUUCACUGGUCUUGGUGAAUAGUCCACGUUUGCAUUCAUCAGCACACUCAUCAAUCGCCAACUCGGAUCAUUCAUCUACCACUCGAAACUCAUCCUCUCCAAACUCUUCCCCAACCAUUGCAUCAGCACUUUCACAACAACCACAGAAAGUGGAAAAUCCUCCAAGCAAAGAAUUUCAUUAUCCAAACAUCAAGCUCAAUGAAAGAGAUUUACUGCUUCCCGACUCGAAUAUCAUGGCAUUCAUGCCUUAUUUGAGAUUAUUUACUCCAGGUCUGUAUCAUGUCUUGUCGUGUCAAGAGUUUGUGAAGUCACUCAGUGUGGACGAGCAAGUAUGCAUGCAGAAUAUUGUGUGCUAUGUGUAUGGACAUAGCGUUGUGUUCGAUCGAGAUUUGCAAUCCUCGCUUCGGUACUUGUUGUGUUUGCAGGAGGCUCAUGGUGAUUUGGUAGAAAUUAAGCAGCAAGCUCUUGAAAAUGUGAAAAGCACUCUCAGAGUUUCAAAUGUGAUAACCACUCUGGAAAUGAUCGAUGGUUAUUUGGCUAAGAUUGAUCAAUGUUUCUCGACUGGCAAGGUGGAUCAUGCUGUAAAUAGUGUCACUUUGUCCAAUUCAAGAAUUGCUUCCAAUAUUUCAUCGCCAACCCAACGAAUGGAAGAUGGUAGUGCAAUGAUGGAAGAUCAGAAACCUUCUUGCGCAUUAUUGCAUCCUUACACAAACUCCUCUCCUCUCAAACUUGUACGAGAUUAUUGCCUCAGUUUUAUCAAGCGUAAUGUGUACGAGCAAGAAUUCGAUCUUCACUAUAAUCCACGAAUUGAAAAGUACAUUUUCCAAUUUUACAAUAGAAAGCCAACAGAUAUGGAAAUUUGGAAGGAACGCAAACAUGUAAUACCCACCAAUGCUAUAGAAUUGCUCUUGGAAGAUCCACUCUCAGGCCACGACUUUGCUAUUUGUGUGAAUGGCAAGGAAUUUAUCCAGGUUCACAAAACCAUACUUGCUUCCAAUAGCUUAUUCUUUGAAUCCUUACUGAACCACUCUGGUAAUUGCUCAAUCUUCACAGAUGUUCGAAAUCAAGUGUUUUAUGCUCAACCCAACACAGACGUAUCAGCUCUGAGGUGUAUUAUAGAGUACUGUUAUGGUAUUUUCAAUACUGAGCUCAUUCAUCAAGACAACAUUUUGGCCAUAUUGGAAAUGGCUCACCAACACGACAUGAAAGACUUAGCCUCCAAAUGCACUCUCCUCUUGAGAGACUAUAUUUGUUUGAGCAAUUUCAUGAGAAUGGCUGAAUGGUGUGAAGAUUUCAUGAUGUCCAAUUGUAACUUUUCCCAACCCAUCAUAGUGAUGGAAAAUCUUCAGGAGAACCCUCACUCAUCCCAUCAUGAUCAUUCAAGUAAUGUGUGUGCUUUCAAAGAGGUCAUUGACCAUGUGGUUGAGUUUGGAGCCGCACAUUCGGUGGCCAUCUUUGAAUAUUAUGGAAAGGAACGAUUGGCAGUAUCCAUUCCACUCACUCUUGCUUCCAUGUUUGAAUUGUGUUUGUUCAAAUCUAACAAGUAA